CGUUGCCUGCUGCCUCGAUGGUCUUUCAGUGCUCUUCUUUUCUUGACCAAACGGCGGCAACCACGCCGCAGGGCCGCAACGGCGCUACUACUCCGUACUCCUUGGUCUCGCAAACAGGAGGAUUCUUCGGAUUCCCCCCAAAUUUCCCAACCCCCGUUCUCUACCGUUCCAUCUAAUCCACAUCCCCAAUUCUUCGGAUUCAAAUCCAUACGCGAAUCGGUAAACAGGAGGAUUCAAAUCAGCAGCAGGGGAUAAGAGCCGCAGCAGAUCGAAGCAAGCAGCCUCCGCCUUCGCCGACCAUGAGCGCGGCGGCGGAGAAGAGCCCCGAAGGGGAUGGGGAGGAGCAGGCGAACCCUCGCGCGGAGGCGUUCCUGAAGAUCAUCGGCAGCGUCCCGCCGGGGGAGGUGGAGGCGGCGCUGUCCACCUGCGGCAUCGUCCCCACGGCGGAGGUCGCGGAGCAGGUGCUCAAGUCUCCCGUCUGCUCCUCCCGCGCCAAGUGCGCCGUUCGCUUCUUCCGCUGGGCGGCGAGGUCCGUCGCGCACACCGCCUACGCGUGGAACCUCCUCGUCGACAUCCUCGGCAAGGCCGGCAUGUUCGAGCCCAUGUGGGACGCCAUCCGCUCCAUGAACCAGGAGGGCGGCGGCGGCGGGGGGCUCGUCUCCGUCGCCACCUUCGCCUCCGUCUUCACCUCCUACUGCGCCCGCGGCAAAUUCGAGGAGGCAGAUGCGGCCUUCAACGUCAUGGGCUGCUACGGCCUCAAGCCCGAUGCCGUCGCGCUCAACUCGCUGCUUUCGGCGAUAUGCCGUGCCGAGGGCCGCGCAGAGGCCGCACAGAAAUCGUUCGAGCGCACCAAGGCCACCGUCCCGCUCGACGCCGACACCUUCGCGAUACUGCUCGAGGCGUGGGAGAAGGAGGGGAACGCGGAGCGCGCCAAGAGCGUCUUCGGCGAGAUGGUCGUCCGCGUGGGCUGGGACCCUGACAACAAGCCCGCUUACGACUCCUUGCUCUCCACGCUCGUACGCGCUGGCGAGUUCAGCGAGGCGCUCAACUUUCUGCAGGAGAUGCGGAUCAACGGCUGCUUCCCGGGGAACAAAUUUUUCACCAAUGCCGUGGAUAUCGCCACCCGCAAGGGCGACUACGUCAAUGCCAUAGCCAUCUGGCACAUGGUCUCUGAAGCUCGGGUCCAACCCAAUUUCUCAAUGUACAACGCCAUGAUCGGCCUCUGCUGCAAUGUUGGUAACCUCGACUAUGCCCUUGGGAUGCUUGAUGAAAUGCCCUUUAAUGGUGUCUUUGCAAAUUCUGUCACAUACAAUGCCAUCCUGGAGGGAUUCAUCAAGCAUCGCAAGGCUCGGGAGGCUGAAAGUUUCCUGAAGGAGAUGAGCAAGAAUGAGCAACUGCCUACUGCAUCCAACUGUGCUGCUGCUAUCAGCUUGUUUUCUAAGGAGUUUAACCCAUCCGCAGCGAUCAACGUGUGGCGUUGUGUAGUGGAACAUAAAAUUACCCCUGCCGAGGACUCUGCUAGAGAGCUAAUAGCUGGGCUGCUUAACUUUGACCGGUUAACUGAGGUGACGAAGCAUGCUGAUGAGAUGAUUGACAUGAGAGUUGAGUUGUCGCAGUCCACCAUUGAGAAUAUGAAGCGCGCUUUUGUGAAGGCUGACAUGCGUCAAUCCUAUGAUCACAUUGCAAGAAGGCUGAAGCGACGGUAGAUGCACAUGGAUGGUUUAGUCAGCUGUGGUCUGCCUGUGCAUGCAUCCAGCUCUCGAGGGGGUGUGGUCCUUGAGAGGUCCUGUGGUCUGCCUAUUAAUUCUGGUACGCUUUUCUUGAUACCUUUCAUACCUUUACAUCUUAGUUUUAAAUGCUGGGAGCUGAAGCAGGAAAAAAAAAUCUGAGAUGCCUCCCUAUCACUAACUUGGCUCUUGUGUUUGACAAACAUAACCAAUUAACCAUUCUUUGUGUUCACUAGGUUUUGUCUAUUAAUGGUUAAGAUGGUUUAACUAGGAUGCAAAAUUAGUCUCUCUUCUAAAUGUUUACUCCAUUCCUACCUAAACCUCUUGACUUAUCCCCCCUCUCCCGCCAUACUUAAAUCUCCUCUAGGCCAUGCUUUUUUAAUUUUUAGUGAUCCGUUGCAGGUAGUUAAUCUCUGUGAAGUUAUACACACAAUUACUUGGUGUGGAGCAUUCAAAGCCACUCACCAUGAUCGUAAAGGCCACCAUGGCAUCCAUAGUGCAUGAAAUGUUGCAUAUUUGGAUUUUUUAUAAAAGGAUAUUUAGAGGAUUAUUUUCAAAAGGAUAUUCGGAGGAUCUUGACAAAGAUAGGAGCUGAAGAUGGAGAAUUUGACGCGCAACAAGCAUCAUACCAUAUUCGAUGCAAGGCAUAGUAGGUGGCAGACAUCCCUACCACUGUACCACAUAGUCAUUAGGGCAAGGUUGAAGCCCCAAUCCAUGAUCGUGAUUUGAGAACUUUUUCAAAAAAAGAAAAACUCGAUCAAGGGAUAUACGUCACGUUGACUUUGUCUUGAGAUGGGGGCUCACAAAACAUCGAAAAGUAGGCUGGCAGGAACCUCAUAUGCGCUUGCUUCAUUGGCGCCAUAGAUUCAUAUGUGACCAAGGAGAUGGACACACAAUAUGUACCGCUAGGGCUUGAUCCCUGGUGGGGAGUGCGCACCUGGACGUGCUACUACCAUGUUUGCACAUGAUUAGAGAAUAAGUCACAGGUUCCUCUGAUAUGGGAUCAUCUGUAGUUGUGGCCACGAUGGUUAUUGAUAAAUGAAGCUUGCAUGACUGUCACCCAUCACUAUGAAGGAAGCGGGUAGGGACACGAGUAAGAGAUAAAUGCAAGAGAAAUGAUGGAAGGCAAAGGGAGUAGGCAAUAGGAGGGUGAGGCAAGGGAGGCAACAUUAGGGUUGAAAGAGGCGACAACGAUACUAGGGUAUAGUGAGGAGAGACAUGCUCAACCAAGAGAGGAGUGGAUAGGAGAGGGCAUGAAGAAGGGAUGACUAGGCUGAUUAAAGUUGCUUGAGCUCACUUCCCAUCUUCCAAUGGUUGCAUUUUCCGUUUCCUUCUUUCGAUUUGUGGUUUUCUCAUGCAUUAUGCAUUAAAAUUUAAUUAUGUAGUGUUGGUGGAUAGUGCCUCCAGAUUGGACGAGCACCACAACAGCUUCGGGAGACGCUAACAAGGCUAUCGAGUCGUGAUGUAAGAACACCGCAAGUGGCAAAUGUCUUCGGACAGUAGUUCGGCUUGCAUUUACUCACUAUUCAAUGUCCCACCAAGGAACAUUUACACCCGUAUUUAUAGCCAAUGGUUGGACUUCCCAUCCUGUUAUUACACUUUUAGGACCCUUAACAACUCGAUCCCCAGAAUAUUCUAGGGGUACAUGGUAAAUACACAUUGGGAGUGCCAACCUGACACCCCUACUUCUCCGGAUGACGUCACUAUUGGCCGCACGCGCUUCGUCGCUAUUUACUGACGAAGCAGGGGUGCCACGCUCUUCCUUCGCGGCGAUCCUCUGCAUCAGCUUCGCCACGAUCCCUUCGGUUCGCGUCCGAAGGUGGCGUCCCCAGCAUGUAGUUGUUAACUUAGUCAUGCUUCAUCAUUUUACCACCACAGGCCAAAUGGACGAUUUCAGUCACGUUAGUCUUUAACUAAUGCCCUAAAGAACACUACAUGCACGUUCAGUUGAGUGCUCCAAUUGUUCAGGGCGGAGCUGCUCAUUGGCAUUGGGGUGACAAGACCCCGCAAAAUAAAAAUUUCAUAAAUCCUAUAGAAUCUAAUGUUUAUUACUAUUAGUAUUGUUGACCCCAUUGCAUAAACGUGGCGAUCCCGAUGACAUUUGUGGCUGGCUUCACUCCUGCAAUCGUUCACUUACUAAUGCAUGCUUAGCAGUUGCUUGGUUUGACAUCCAUAUUACCAUGUUUGUGGGUUUUUUUUCUUUUCUUUUGCCCAUAUGUAGGCAAAAUGACAGGAUAGGAUUGGCUUCCUAGGCAUGGGCAAACUUGUCUGCUUCUGCUUUUAUUUGGCAAUGUGGACACAAAUCAAAGAUGCCCUAACCCUCUUUUGCCUAUGUUUUAAGCCACCUGCAACCCUCGUCCUUUGCCUUGAUCAAGCUAGUUUUAUGGUGAGUAUGCUCUGACACCAUUAUCACAUACUAUCGAGAAGGAUCUUUAAUGCAUCAAAGCUCCCCUUCCUCAACACGAACCCACAAUUAAAGUUGCUUGUAGGCAUGUUUAUGCCUCAUUGCCUGUUAGGCAAAUGAGUAUGGGGCUUAACUUCGGCCCUAUGGGGUUACUUUUGUGUAUCUAUGAAUUGUGAUUAUGCCUAUGUAUGAGGGCCUUGUGCCAUAUUCUUAUUUUAGAAUUUUAAUUGUUGCUGAGUCAUAUUCAUCGCGUAAGGGACUCAUUGGGUACCCGCUCCACACGCCGAUGGGGAUGGGUAUGUGGGGAGGGCUCCUCUGGAUGGGCGAGGACCUUUAGCCCUUUAGGGUCUCGUCAAUUCGUCAUCGAGGUAUGGCCCAUUGCCAUAUGUAGUUGGUUGUUAUUAAUAUCAACCAUCAAACACUAACACUUUCUUUAUAUCCAAAUUACUAUCUACCUCUAGCAUAUAUGACUCCAUAUUUAUGUGUGACAAAUCCUAAUUCAGUUUAUAACCAAUUUUGUUGUCCAUUAUCUGGUUUGCUGAAUAUGGCAUGGUUCUGACCGCAACCAUUUUUAUCAAACUUGGCCUCAUUGUGUUUGGGUUGAAAUUCAUGUUUGGCCAAAAUACUUGAAAGAUUCAUUUACCUUACCCAAAUUAGGCAAUGCACUGGGUUUGGCAACCUGCCUACCUGGCUGUCUGGCAACAUUAUGCUUCUUGUUGUAUUGUAGCUUGUGAAGAAGUGGAGUGACAUGUUUGAGCAACCUUGGUCCAGUUUGGCACUUGUAAGAUUGAAAAGUGACUUCAAAACGACUUCACUUUCUCUAAUCACUCUGGGCCUUUUCUUCUCCAAGAAGUUGGUUGGAAGGGUCACAGUACUCAUAGAAAUAGAGCAGUGACCUAAUUUAUUAUUUCUAUAGUCAUUAUUCUAUUUCUGUUAAUGAAUUUGUGAAUUCGUAAAAUCGUAAUUGGUUGAAAACCUUACUGAAUGUUUUCUGAACUUUGUUCGAACUUUAGAAAAGAAAGCAAGAAUGUCUUUCUGUCUUUUUUUAGCCUUUUUCUUUCUCCAACAAAAAAAAAAAGGAAAGGGCAUUGGUUAAAGGGGUACCAUUGGCUUUUCUUUACGAAGAACUACUAUUAUGCAAUGGGUGCAUGCCUGCUUGUACUCACCUGUCUCCUUUGAUAACAAGCACCCAAUGGUGCAUAGGAAAUCCUUGGAUCAUCUAGCCUCUUGGUCUGUAGCCCUCAUGAAUGCAUCUAGCUGCAGCUUGCAGCCAAUGAUUUGAAAUACAAUUGACUCUGGCAUUUUAGGUAUUUUAUAUGCUGGAUGGUCCGGCUUAUGUUAUAUAGGCUAUAGUUAAGUGGAGUUGUAAGUUUAACCCCAAAAAUUAUAUCAUCAAGAGUACCUUAUUCAUUUUCUUUUUUGAAAUUUUAUAUUUUGUCCUCUCUACUGCUUAUGCCAAGCAGUUUUAGGCCCCAGUAAGAUUUGUAAAAAUCUCCCUUAAAAAUAAUUCUUUCUCAGGAAUAAGCAAGAGGACAUAAGGAGCAUUAAAGUUCGCACUGUUGUCAAUAAGCCAUUAUUCUGCCGUUUUUUUUAUUGCCAUGCUCUUGUUGUUAGUGACGAGUUUACACAUUUGAUUAUUAGUGACAAGUUUAGACAUUUGACUGUCAGAUUCUGGAGGAAAGGGGAAUUAGAUGUGUUGCCAAUUUUCAAUGCCAUACUGUUACAGGUCAUAAAAAAACCUUUCAUAGUGCCUAACUAUUUGUUUGAAUUUCCUAAGCAAAGGUGCAACAACAGUUCUUUCUAAUUAUUGAAUCUUAGUGCCAUCCUGCUACUUAUGAAAAAAUGGGUAGUCUGUAUUCUUGGACAUGCUGCCAAAGGUCAUAUAAACCUUUGUUAUCCUUGAACUCUAUUUUAUUCCCCUCAAUUUCCUAAGUAAAUAUGCAAUAUUGGUUGUUUUAUAAAAGUGAAUAAAACAUUUGGUUGCACUAUUUUUCCAAGUGAACGAGGAGAAA